AUGCCUCCUUUUCGCAAUUUUCUCGGUCGGAAGACACAGCCCAGUGAACCCGCGGGCUUUGACGACAACUAUCUCUCUCCAAAUCCCCCCGCGCCGAUACCAAGCCGCAACAGCCAGGAUGGGGAGCCCACCGAAUAUCAAUUGAGUGUGGUCAAUGACGGUGGUGUAUAUCUACCACCUUCUCCUCCCGAGAGAUCAAGCUUCUGGCGCCGAUACCCUGGCUCCAACAAGUCGUCCAAUCACCGCGACCUAGUGGAUGAGAAUGAGCCAUUCUCUAUAUCUCGGGAGUCCUUCGACUCCUACCGCCGAUCAUUUGACAUCUCCGCCCGUUCCCCUAUCAUCCACCCCGAUGCCGGUCCCUCUCGGACAUCACUCGAUUCCCGCUUCUCCCGGUUAAACUCGUCGUCGGGGGCCCAAUCAAACUGCUUCGCCAAGUCCGACACCAUGGAGGAGGAAGCCUUUGAGGAUGUGGGCUUGACUGACGAGACAAAGCCCAAGAAGAAAGGAUUUCUUGCCAGAUUUGGUGAUUCGGGUGAUGCCCAACAAUCCACGGGAAACAAGUCUGGCACAUCGACCUUCGGGUUUCACAUUUCAGGCAGGAAGCGCGGCCAAAGUGGUGUCGGCUCUGAGUUAGGCUCUAUGAAAGCUCCUGCUGCUAUUACUGUAAAUGAAGAGACCAAAUGA